AUGGGGAAUAAUCUUACCUUACUUACCCCCCUUGAAUAGCAAACCUAUUUAAAAACCUAUCUGGGAAAAUUAACCCUUUUUCUAUAGCAAGGAUAUUUUAAUAUAUAUUUAGCGAUUUUAAUAAUGAAAUUUCAAUAGAUUUUAUUAAAUUAUACUCUAGAUAAAAUUUUAUAAGUUUUAUUAUCAAAUAUUUACAAAAAUUGAUUUUUAAAAUAAUAUAUAUGCAAUUGUAAUAAAAAAAAAUGAAUAAAUUUCUUGCUAUAUUUUAAUAAGGAGUUAAGCUUUUUGCAGUUUCCGAGGUUAAAGAAAACAGCCGUGUAGUUAUAACAGGUGCCAGUUCUGGAAUUGGCAAAGAAAUCGCUCUUCAGUACGCAAAGCGAAAAUAUUCUCUUGUUCUCGCAGGUCGCCAACUUGAUACUUUGCAAGCCAUUCAAGAGCAAUGCCUAAAGCUCGGCUCUCCCAAAGUCCUAGCAAAGGAAACAGACGUCACCAUUGAAUCCCAAUGCAAAGAUCUUAUUAAUUUUUCAGUCGAAAAUUUAGAUGGGAUUGACAUAUUAGUUUUAUGCGCAGGGAUUUCAGCUUAUCAGCUCUUUGAAAACGUCUCCGAUUUAUCUGUAUAUGAAAAAAUAAUGCAAACAAAUUAUUAUGGAUAUUUAUAUUGCGCAUUUCAUGGCCUCCCACAUCUGAAAAAGUCCAGAGGACAAAUAUUAGUGAUAUCAAGUAUUUCUGGAGAAAUCGGGCUCCCAUUUAGGACUGCUUACUGUGCUUCAAAAUUCGCUGUAACUGGGUUCUUUGAAGCGCUAAGGAGUGAGCUGAACCAAGACGAGCUUGCGAUUACCAUUGUAUGCCCACCAUCUGUAAGGACCAAUUUAAGGAAUAAUUCUCUAGUCAAGGUAGAUGGGGAUAAAGACAAUGAAAAUAGGAUCAGUGUAGAGAACUGUGUGGCAAAUAUAUUGGCAGCUGCUGACAGAAGAGCAAGGAAAAUUUAUUUCCCUUUCAAAGUGUACUUUGCAGCUUAUCUGAGACCUUUCCUUCCUGAUUUUGUAGACAAGAAAUUGAAAAAGGCAGCAAGGCUUUAA